AUGGAGGCCGCUACAACAUCCAGUGUCGCAGAAACACUUGAAGGUGCCCUUGACCUUGGGAAUAAAGGUGGGUCACCUUCGAAUUCAGAGAUGACGUGUCAACUGUGCGACGCCAUUUUCCCUGACGUCACGAGCCUGCAGGCGCACACAGCCAAUCGGGAGUGCGAGCGGCGCUACAAGUGCGACGACUGCGGCAAACGGUUUCUUCUCAAGCACCACCUCAAGCAACACCUGCUGACUCACACCGGUGAGGGACCUUACGUCUGCGGUCAGUGCAGACGACGCUUUGUCCUCUCCUGCGACUUGAAGAGCCACCUGCGCGUUCACAGCGGUGAGAGACCCUGCCAGUGCGCGCAGUGCGACAUGGACUUCUGCCGGCAGAGCGACUUGAAGCGACACGCCCUCACUCACUCCGGUGCGAUACCUUACAAGUGCACGGAAUGCCCAAAGCGGUUCAGCGUGGCGGACUACCUGGCGAAGCACAUGCGCGUGCACACGGGUGAGAAACCGUACAGCUGUAACUCGUGCGCUAAGCAGUUUUCCCGCCUGGGAGACCUGAAACAGCACACGCGAGCUCACACGGGCGAGACGCCGUUUACCUGCAGCGCGUGCGACAAGUCUUUUGCCUGGCGGAUCGACUUGACCAGACACAUGAGAAUCCACACAGGAGAGAAACCCUACCAGUGUGACGACUGCGGCAGGAGGUUUAGCGUCAUGAGCACUCUGAAAGCGCACCUGCGGUCUCACACCGGGGAAAAGCCGUACCAAUGUGAGGAGUGCAGAAAGCGGUUUACCCAACUGAGCAGGCUGAAGGACCACAUGCGCAUUCACUCCGGGGAGAAACCAUUUAAGUGCGGGGUGUGUUUAAAGUGUUUCACCCGACUGGGGCAUUUACAACAGCACACUUUGACCCACACAGGUGAGAGGCCUUUCACCUGCGAGCAGUGCAAAAAGACGUUCGCUCAAAUGAGCGAUUUAAAAAGACACCUUCGCACUCACACAGGAGAGAAACCCUACACGUGCGAGCAGUGCCCGAAACGGUUCAGUCUACUCGAUAGCUUAAAAGAACACGUGCGGAUUCACACCGGCGAGAAACCCUACGCCUGUCCCGAAUGUCACAAACGGUUCACGCAGAAUGGCUCCUUGGUGGAACAUCUGCGGAAACACACCGGUGAGAAACCUUACGAGUGUGACGCGUGUGGCAAGACAUUCGCCAGACUGAAUGGUUUGAAACAACACACGAAAACUCACCGCUAGU